GGGGCUGCCCUUCGGAGCGGAAUCAGAGCGCGACAGCAUUACGACUUUGGCCCGCGCAGCCUGAUUAGUUGGACCUCCAACGCCGUUUUUCUCGCCGCCCCCGAAUUCUAGUCAAUUUCUCGAAAAGACGUAGAACUGCCGGAGGGCUGGUUUCGAUCCGGAUACUCUCGUUACUCGAAUUGCCUGACCAUCGGAACGUCCACUCGCCCUUCUCGCAAAUCAAUCAUUCAACAUGGCCGACAAGCUCCGGACUCUCCAACAGCUCGAAUCCCUCCAGGCCAAAUACGUUGGCACUGGCCACGCUGAUACCAGCACAUACGAAUGGAAGAAUAACAUCGUUCGAGACUCUUACGCCUCGUAUAUUGGCCACCCUCCUCUUCUUGCGUACAUGGCGUUGGGUAUGGGCGAGAGCAAAGAAAUUGUUCGUGGACAAUUCAUAGAGAAGAUGGUCCGAGCAAGUGGUCCUCCACCAGCCAGAGACGAGGAUUGAAAGAAGAUCGAGCCCACGAUUUGACACCAUACACUAAGACGAUGCCACAACGUUGCCAACGGAUAGCAACACGGCCAGCAGAAGUCAACAUAAAGACUGCGACAGCCAUCCUCAGCUCUUAUGCCCGGGGCAUUUUUGGAAGACGAAGCGGUGUGACCGGUAAAUCGUUUGCGCGGCACGCCUGAGCAGGUCUUCUGGAGAAGCUGAUGGAGAACAUACACCUGAAAAUGCGACAGGGACCAUGGUGCGAUGACAAGCCUGGGAUUAACAUGGAGAUGUCAAAAAAACAUGCAGAUGUUGGGGACAUUCCUAUCAAAUACCAAUAUGUGCAGCAAAAAUUUCUGCAUAUCUAAUCAGGACUGCUUUCAAUGCCUGCAAGUAGUCAUCCUCCUCCGAGGCCUUGCAGGUCCAGUCUGUCACUCUCCCAGAAGAAAAGUAAUCCGUCUCUCUGGUUGAAGAAAAAGUCCGGUUGAUUGCUCCGACUCCAGAUACAUCACAAAGGAAAUAUAGGUCUCUUGUUAGGGUCUUCCUGAUCAGCCCAAUCCGUUCAUCACUUUCCGAAAUAGUUCGCGCCGUUUGCCCAUGUACUCCGUUUU